AGCGUAGAGCAACUCGUGUUACGGAGCUGUUGGCGGAUAAUGGUGUAGCCAACAGUGUGCUGCGACAGUUGAACAGAUCAGCGGAGUUCAAGCGCCGUUUCCCGUGGAUGGCAUCAACGCGCAAAGCCUAUGUGACACUGCGAAGUUUCGAUUCCUGGAUUACGAUUCUGCCUCGGUGCGUGGCCAAAGAGACCGCAUAG